AUGGUCAUCAUUGCCUAUGUCCCUCCUUUCUUCCAAAGAGCUCAGGGUGGUAUGCAUGGCUCCCCUUCGCAGUUUUAUCCUCACAACAAUCCUGUUUGGUCUCUGCAGAGUGCCCGGAAGAUGGGGAAAGUCCAGAUUUCGCUGGAAGAACGGGACAGCGGCGUGGAGAAUCCAGCACUGGAGCUGACGGAAUCAGAAGGAGAGAUAGCCGAGGAUGGCCGUUCUCCUAAACUCCAGGAAGGAAAUGAUGCCCCACAUGCUCCUGCCUGGAGGAUCAGGAGUGUGGCUCAGCCCUUAUCCAAAGCAAGGCACUUUUGCAAGGCUCAUGACAAGAUUCUGCGCAAAAUCCUCUUGGGCAUCUUAUGUGCAGCCUACCUGGCAUACUUCUCCGUGGCCUGUUGGCUGGACUUCCAGCGAGCUUUGGCUCUGGUCGUUUUAACUUGCCUGGGCGUCUGUCUCGGGGCCUACAGCAUGAUCAAGAAGUGGUGGGGCCCAAGGAUUGUCCAGAUGCUGAGCCCUUGUGGGAAAUGCUUCCGGAACUCUUGGCCUUGGCUGAAAUGGGUGCUGUGUGCGAUCAUUUUAAUUGGCCUGGUCACCUGGUUGGUUCUGGACAUGCUCCAGAGGCGGGAGCAGCUGGUGUCCUUGGGUGGCUUCUGUGCACUGGUGCUGAUGCUCUUCAUGUGCUCCAAACACCACUGUGCUGUGUCCUGGAGAGCCGUCUUCUGGGGUCUUGGUCUGCAGUUUGUCCUCGGUGUCUUUAUCAUCCGGACAGAACCUGGAUUUCAGGCUUUCCAGUGGCUUGGCAAACAAAUCCAGAUAUUCCUGAACUACACCACAGCUGGAUCCAGCUUCGUCUUUGGCAACAACCUGAUCCAAGAGGCCUUUGCCUUUCAGGCUUUGCCCAUCAUUGUCUUCUUCAGCUGCGUGAUGUCCAUUCUCUACUACCUGGGAGUCAUGCAGUGGGUGAUCCUGAAGCUGUCCUGGAUCCUGCAAAUCACCAUGGGCACAGCAGCCACAGAGUCUCUGAGCAUCGUAGGAAAUGUCUUUGUGGGGAUGACAGAGGCCCCACUGCUCAUCCGCCCCUACCUGCUCGAGAUGACCAGUUCAGAAGUCCAUGCUGUGAUGACGGGCGGUUUUGCCACCAUUGCAGGCAGCGUGAUGGGAGCCUAUAUUUCCUUUGGGAUUGACGCUUCAUCCUUGAUUGCAGCUUCAGUGAUGGCUGCGCCUUGUGCUUUGGCCAUGGCGAAACUGGUCUACCCAGAAGUGGAAGAGUCCAAGUUCCGGAGCCAGGAGGGCGUGAAAAUUGCCUGCGGGGAGGAGAAGAAUGUUCUGGAAGCUGCUGGCAAUGGCGCUGCAGUCUCUGUGGGGCUGGUGGCUAACAUUGCAGCCAAUCUCAUCGCCUUCCUGGCUGUGCUGGAGUUCAUCAACGCCAGCCUGGCUUGGCUGGGAGGCUUGGUCAACCUGCCAGAACUCUCCUUCCAGCUGAUCUGCUCCUAUGUGCUGAUGCCUGUAGCAUUCUUGUUAGGGGCCAGCUGGGAAGAUGCAGGGGUGGUAGCCGAGCUGCUGGGAAUCAAGAUCUUCCUAAACGAAUUUGUGGCCUAUCAGCAGCUGUCCACCUACAAGCAGCGACGGUUGGAUGGGCUGCCGGAGUGGGAUGGAACAAACAAGCAGUGGAUUUCGGUGAGAGCUGAAACCAUCACCACCUUUGCCCUGUGUGGAUUUGCCAACCUCAGCUCCAUUGGGAUCAUGUUGGGCGGCUUGACAACCAUGGCCCCACAGCGCAAGAGUGAAUUUUCCACCAUUGUUCUACGGGCUUUGCUCACUGGUGCCACCGUCUCCUUGAUCAAUUCAUGCAUUGCAGGUAUCCUCUAUGUGCCCAGAGGAGAAGUGACUGAUUGCCCUGGCUUCUUCAACACCACCAACUUAACCUCUACCAGCUACCCAAUCUAUGUCUGCUGUAAUGACUUGUUUACCAGGUGAGC